UGUAGUCCUCACCUGAGAGCAUAGGGACGGUGAGAGAUGUCCCACAGAGAAGGUCUUGCAGUGCUGUGGGGGGAGAAGUGCUUCCCGCGCUGCAUCCGAAGCAUCGCGGCCACCAGAGAGGGACGGGAUUCUGUCCCUCUGCUCCUCUCUGGGGAGACCUCACCUCGAGGAUUGUGUCCAGCUCUGGAAUCCUCAACAGAAGGAGAUGGAGAUGUCAGAAUGGGUCCAGAGGAGGCUCCAAGGAUGAUGCGAGGGAUGAAGAACCUCCCGUACGAGGACAGGCUGAGUUGGCGUUCUUCAGCCUGGAGAAGGCUUUGAGGAGACCUUAGAGUGACCUUCCAGUGCCUGAAGGAGCUCCAGGAAAGCUGGAGAGGGGCUGUUCCCAAAGGCUCGUGGGGAUGGGACGAGGGACAACGGGGAUAAACUGGAGAGGGGCAGAUUUAGACUGGGCAUGAGGAGGAACUUCUUCAUGAUAAGGGUGGGGAGGCCCUGGCCCAGGUUGUCCAGGGAAGUUGUGGCUGCCCCAUCCCUGGAGGGGUUCCAGGCCAGGUUGGAUGGGGCUUUGGAGCCCCUGAUCCAUGGGAGGUGUCGCUGCCCAUGGCAGGAGGUGGAACCGGAUGGGCUUUAAGGUCUCUUCCAACCCAAACUCUUCUAUGAUUCGAUGAUUCCACGAUUCUUUUCCAGUAGGGAAGAAGCUGUGGGAAAUGGUUCUUUGUGGGUAAUACCAAUGCGAUUUGGGACCUAUAAACCAUCCAAGGUGCUUUGGGUGAAGAUGUUGGAGGGUUUGGAGCUUCCUACCCUCCUCUGGGUUAUUUUUUCUCCAUCCAUUUGGGGUUCAGAAGCUGGAGAAGUUCCCACCUUCCAGAUGCUGGAAGAGAAUCCUGCUCUGGGGACACCCUGAGCCGGACAAUCCCGGAAUUCCAAGCUGCCUCCGGAGCUCAGCGUGGGUUGCAAAGCCUUGAGCCGUCCAAUCGCAGGAGAGUGGAAUCAAGGAGGGCUUCUGGAGGUUUGCAGCCACCACCUUUUCCCUUGGACCAAGCGUGACUCCGGCAAAGCCGAGAAGCCCUCGCUGGUCCCUGGUGCCGCGAUUUCCCGUCGCUGCGAGAGCUGAGGGAUCCAUUCGUGGCUUCGGCAGCACCGCAGAUGGCGGAAGGUGCGCCCAACGCAGAUUUCACCCUCAAGUGCAUCAAGGAGAAGAAGGUCCCCAUCGGGGUCACGGUGCUCGUGGCAGCGUUGCUUCUCGCCAUCAUCGCGCUGGCGGCUAAGAAAUGUCCGUCCUGUCCAUCCUGCCCUUCUCCCGAUCUUCCCAACUGCCUGGAAAACUGGAUCGGAUACAGAGAGAAGUGCUUCUACUUCGUGGAGGACCAAAGAGAUUGGAACAGGUCUCGGAACUCUUGCCGCUUGCUCGGAGCCCACUUGGCCACCAUCGGCACUCGGGAGGAACUGGGGUUCCUCUCGCGCUACGGCGGUUCCUCGCAGCACUGGGUCGGUCUCCGGAGGGCAAACGUUGGCCCUUGGAAGUGGCUCAACGGAUCCGUCUUCAACAACUCGUUCAACAUCCGGGGGGACGGACUUUGUGCCUACAUCGACGCCGACGGGAUCGGCAGCGACCGGUGCUCCCGGAUGAAACCCUCCAUCUGCAGCCACCCACAAAAACACCUCGCUGCGAUCCAGAAGGCUCCCGAAACCCUUUGGAAUUCCAGCUGAAAUUCCUUCUGGGCAAAGAAGAUCAACCACCAGCUUCUCCCAACCACCCCACGCAGCGCCACGGCGUCUCCUGAUGGGACCAUUUUAGCUUCUAAAAGUUCAAACUCCUCACCACGAGGACAUGGAGCCGUGUCCGAUGGAUCGUCCUUUGCGCCUGACCGUCAGGGUCUUCCCAGCUUUUCCAGUUGUGGGG